GAUACGCAACCCGCAAAACACUUCCGAAAAAACUCUAUUUCCGAUCAAUGGCGUCCGGUCACGAAGUCCAACUGAAGCUAACCUCCGCCCGCGACCUCAAGAACGUCAACUGGCGAAACGGCGCCUUGAAGCCCUACGCCGUCGUUUGGGUGGACCCCAAGAACAAAUGCUCCUCCCACGUCGAUGAGGAGGGCGACGCGUCACCCUACUGGGACGAGACCCUCACCAUCCCCUUACCGGGCCCCGUUGACGGCGACACCACUCUCAACAUCGACAUCGUGCACGCCGGAUCCGACCCGGAUACCAAGCCCUUGAUUGGGUCGGCCCGGCUCAAGCUCCGGGAUGUCAUCGAUGACGUGGGCUUCGACGAGCCCGCCAGCCGCACACUUCAGCUCAAGCGACCAUCCGGUAGGCCCCAGGGGAAAGUUGACGUUAAAGUUACGAUCAGGGAGCCGCGCUAUCGUGCGCCGGAACCGUACAACGCUCCUCCUUAUGGUGUCCCGCCGCCAGCUGGCUCUCGGGAAUAUCCCGCUCCGCCAACGGCUUAUGGGGCACCUUACGGCGUACCUGCACCACCGCCGCCGCAAAACCCUUACUACGCGGCGCCUCAGCCUUCUGGGUAUCCGUAUAACCAAUACAGUGCUCCAGCGCCGCCGUACGGUCAGCCCGCUCCCUACGGUCAGAUGGGACAAGGGAGUUACGGACAGCCGGGGCAGGGCUACGGGCAGGGGGCGUACGGGCAGGAGGAGAAGAAGAGCAAGUUUGGGGGGAUGGGGACGGGACUGGCGGUAGGCGCGGUGGCUGGGGCGGUGGGUGGGCUGGCAUUGGCGGAGGGGUUUGAUUACGUGGAGGACAAAAUUGCGGAUGACGUGGCUGAGAAAGUGGAGGAUGAUGUGUACGACGGCGACGACGGCGAUGACUUCUAGGUUGUUUUGUUGUUUUCCGAUGUUUCGAUAGUUGAGGCGUGGCUUGCAUGCAUGGGCCAUGCUUUUUAAUUAAUUGCAUGUUUUUUUUUUUUUUUUUUGCAUUGAGAAAAAUGGAAUGGAAAUAAUAUGUGGUUUAAAUUAAAAUUAUCUAAAUCGAAUGGGACAUAAAGGCAGUCCAAUUCGAAAA